AUGGACAGAAGCAACACGAAUUCUUCUUACCUAAUGUCCGAGCUCAAUGAAGAACAAAGGCAAACUUUGAGAACCUUGGCCAAUCUUUCAGAGGCAAACUUUGGAAGAGCCACGGUUCUAGCUACCCUUCACAUGAUCUCUCGCGGCUCUUAUGUAACAUCUACCCCUCUCAGAGAGUGGCAACCUCCAAGCACUACCACAACUGUACCAGACAAUCUCGACAUUGAGAACCUUCCAGGUCGAAGUGAUUUCUGCAACGAUGCUUCGUGUCCUUUCAACUCCUUCAACUCCCCUGCAAAUCCCUCCGACAACUCUGCCCCUCAAAAUGCAGCUCGUGGGUUUUUCUUUGGCGAUGGUCCAAUUUUCACGCUCGAUCAUGAGCUCUGCGAAGAUUAUACGAGCAUGUGUGGAGCUGAUUACUACUACGAUUUGUCCGAGUACUCUGACCCCUCCGAGCCAUCUGGAGAUGACAGCCAGGUGGAAGAUCUUGACAACUUUGGCAAGAUUUCGGUAGAUAUUGAUGAUUAUGUUUACCUUGAAGCGGAUGGACAUGAGCUAGACUCCGAGGGGCUUGGGUUGCCAGAUUUGAGAUAUGACUUUGAGAGUAUGGUGUGUACAAAUGAAGAAGACGAAAACGAAGACUAA